ACGAGUCUACGAACCAAACCAAAACAUUGGCCAAGUUGGGCAAAUCUUCGAAAAUUCUGGGCUUUUCUGCCCUUUUCCCGCUAACUGUAUUUGUUUACGCUGGAGAAUGUGACAGCAGAUAACGGCAGGCGGAAUGAGGUGGGAGUAGGCGCUUGAUAUAACUUCUCUAGAAUGAAUUGAUAAUAGGUGAAUGGCUCGUGGGAGAAAGAGUGGUGAAACGUUUGCUGGCGGUGAUGUGAUCAGCCGUUGCAAGACGUUUAUGAACCUGCGAACCAGUGUGAAGAGGUGAAUCCUCUGUUGCAUCAUGUACAAAGGUGUUCUGCUGUAUGAAAAGAAGGAUGUAGAAUAACAAUCUAAAUUAAGAAGAAAAUGCCCCCAUAUAAAAGAAAGUUCAUCCAUCUGGUGGAUGAUCAUGGAGGCUGCCCUUCAAAGAAAAGGAAAGUGCUUAAUUCUUCUCAGCAUGACACUCUGCACAGAUCCCCAAAUUUUUUGCCCUCUUGUUCAAAAAGCAUUUCUGCUGAACACACAGAAUUUGAUUCCUGUUCAAAUAUCUAUCCUAUAUUGUACAGGCACGAGACAGAAAGCUCAACUGAGGCCAAUAAGAUGUCCGAUGCUUUUAGAGAUGGGGGACAGCAUUGCAGUGUAUCAGAGGAAGUUGUAAUGUGUACCAACAGUUCAUUGUCACAGUUUAGUAGCUCUGGAAGUAGAUAUACAGUUGAGGAAUAUUCAGCUUCUUCAAGCAAUGAUGUAACUGAUUAUAAUAUCCUUAAUGAUGCAAUGAUUCUUGAAGAGACUAUAGAAGACAGUAGUGAUUCAGCAUCUGGUAUAGACGUAGUUCGACCCAAGACUAACAUAUUACCAAGUUCCUCUUCAAAUUGUCAUAAUGUUUUACCAUCUAAUCAUCCCAAGUAUAUUGCCAGAAGUCAAGAUCAUUCCAACAUAGUUUUACAUUCCUUAGUAUCACCAGAUACUGUAUCAUUGUCAAACAUAGAUAAAAGUAGAGUAGAAUUUGCUGGAAGCAAUUUGAAUACUGCAAUGAUAAUAGAGAAACACAUCUUUGACAAAAGUGUUAGGUCUUUGCAUGCUGGGGAGAACUCACUGAUUAAAGUUAAUAGUGUACAGAAGAAGUCUUUGGCAAGUAUCAGGCAACAUGAAACUCAGCCAAAGGAAGGAAGAAUCUGCAAGAACGGUAUUGCCCCGAAGAAAGAUUGCAGUAUAGGAUACAGGGAAGAUCAAGAAAUACCAUUUAAAUGGAUGUUGUGCAACAGGAACUUCUGGGAAAAGGUUCCUCUGGACAAUAUUUUCAAUAAAUUAUCAAAAGAUGAUGGAGUUCAUAUCAUUAUGGAAGACAUUGUGAAGAUGAAUACUGGAACCAUUUUUACAGAAAUAACAUCAAACUGCCUCAUGGACUUACCAGAUCUAGUAUCCAUCAUAAGAAAAAUAAUUCAACAAUGGAAGAAACUCUCUCUACCACACCUAGCUAACCACUUCUGUGAGCAGCCCAAGAAGAGAGCCGGCUGCAGGGAUUACACUUCUCCAGAUAAAUGUGUCUUCAAGCCCCAUGAUAUCCUCCAGCUGAUGUCCUGUGCUCCUCCUGCAGGCAAAGAUGUGGGUUUACCUGGCACACCCACAUCAGAGGAAGAACUUCUGAAGCAGGAGGUGGAAAAAAUGCCCCAGGACAUAGAUUCAAAGGGAAGCCUUAUUCCUUUAGGAUGGCAGCAAGUUUAUGCUUUACUCAUGACUGUGUUAAUGAAAGUCGUCCCUUUUGAGCUCUGGGGUUCAUCGCAUAACCAGAAAGUUAUGUUUAGGGCUGUGAAGACAGUCAUCAAGUUGGGCUGCCAUGACAAACUCUUUCUUGGGCAUGUGAUUAGAGGUGUAAAACACAAACACUUUAGGUGGGCACUAAGGCUGAGAAGAUUCUGCCACUACACCUAUGUCAUUGCCAAGGUCUGGCUUUGGAUCCUCAGAAGGCUGAUUAUGACUGUCAUCCAUGCUCUUUUUUAUGUUACUGAAACGGCAGUGCGACGUAAUCAGUUAUUAUUUUUUCGAAAACGUGUUUGGCAGUGUGUUCACAACAAAGGAGUCAGCAAGUUACUUAAGAGCAAUUUCUGCAGCCUGCUUUCACAUUCUGAGGCACGAGCAUUAAAAACUGAGGAUCGGAACAAUUGUAAAGGGGUCAAAAUUGUGAAAAGCAUUCCAUGCCUUCGAUUUCUACCAAAAGCCCAUGGCGUAAGGCCAAUUAUUCCUGCAGGCAUGGCCGGACUCUCAAGAAUAACAGCACUGCACUGUCGUCUUAUGCUAAGGGAAAUGAUAAAGGUGUAUGAAUGUGGGAGUUGGAGAGUGAGAGCUCUAUCAGCUUUACAUAGUACUUGGGCCAAUUAUUUUAAAAGGGUUUAUUUGACAGGAGAGUCCAAACCCUUAUAUUUUGUAAGAGUUGAUGUGCAAGAUGCAUAUGGAUCUAUUAAUCAUGAAACUCUGAAGAUGUUGAUUCAGAGAGGCAUAUCUAACCUACCACCUAUUUUAAAAUUUGGAUGCUAUUCUGCUCUUCAGUGUUCCAGCAAAGCUCCAUCACAGAAAUCCUACAUACUGCUUGACAAGACUGACCAGCCUACAAGUCCACUUGUGAAGGGAGGAUAUCCUCUUGUCCAGUGUGGUGAGCCUAUAAAAGUACAUACAGGGCAAUUGACACCCUCUCUGAUGAAGACAAUAACACUCCAGGUAGCCAAAGUAACACAAAGGCAGUGUGUACUUGCAAAUCGUGGUGUCCCUCAAGGUGGAUCUUUGUCUGGUGCCCUUUGUGAGUUGUAUUACUCAGCUAUGUGUGCUUUACAUCUAGUCAACUUCAAUAAAGGUGAUAGCAUAAUACUACGGUCAGUGGAUGAUUUCUUGUAUGUGACUCCAUCUUCUAGUCAGGCUAAUGCAUUUCUAACUCGCAUGAGGAAAGGGUUUCCAGAUUUCAAUUGCUUUAUUAAUGAAAGAAAAACUCAGCACAACCUUCAAUCUGGCUGUGGACAGCGAGUUGCUUUUCGUGGAAUUGUUAUGUGUUCAGAAUCUCGUCAGAUUUUGGUAGAUGGUGCCUCCUUGUCAUCUGGCUUACCUAGAUACUCCCUUCGUCUGAACAAGUACAAAUCUCCGGGGCAGUUAGUAGCUCUCCGAUUGCAGCAGGUGAGCUUAGCACGGCUGCCUCAAGUAGUAUUAGAUCCUACAUAUACAAAACCUACAGGAUUAGUUGCCAAUAUAUGGCGUGCUGGCUUUAUGGCAGGAGCACGGCUAAUUUCAUUAAUAGCAACUUUACUUGCACCACAGGGGCCAGUAAACACAGCUUUCAUAGCUCAGUCUGUUGCCAAAGUGGGGAGUAGUGUUUGUACAAGGGUUACAAAUACUUGGGCACAGGCAGGAAAAUCCUUGCCUUUUGUUAAGGAGGUAAUUAUUGUAGUUUAUGUUGGUGCUGUGUGUUCUAUCUUGAGAAUGCCAUAUAUUCCUACGUGGUCAAUGCUCUAUGCACGCCUGAAAAGCUACAUAAAGCGACUCUUGAUGUCUGUACCUGAGGAACAGUACCAUUAUCUUCCAAAGUUGCCUAAGCAUAUCCUUCGAGUAUGAAUGAUAUGCAGCAUUUGUAAAGCACAUGCAUGUGAAUUGAAUUUACUUUGAGUGAUUUUAAUAUAAAUCAGUUUUUGUUAUGAUGGAUCAGAUUCACAUUGUUAACUUUCAGAAUCAUACAUUGAUUGGUAAUAUCAAUAUUAUAACAUUUUUACAUCAUGAUAAUGUGUUUGUUUUAUAUUUAACUUAAUAUGGAGGUUAUUUACCACUUAUUAGUUUGUGUACUUUUUUCAUUUUAUGAUUUGUUUUAUGUAUUUCGGGCAUUUUAUUUCCUUCUUUUUAAGAAUCUUGUUAAGUAAAUGUGUUCCUAGUCCUUUCCCCAAGGAUUUGUAUAAUAUUUUUUAUUUUUUUUUAUUAUUAUUAUUAUUUUAAGAGCUGUACAUUUGCUUUCAUUUGGCACAAGGCACUCUAAGGUGAAGUGUGAAAAAUCUGCAUUCUAUUAUGCAUUCCAAAUGAAAACAUAAUUGAAAAUGACUGGAAACAUUUACUCUAGAUAAUUUGUUUAGUUUCUUUUGUGUGUGUGUGUGUGUGUGUGUGUUUUGUAUUUUUAUUUAAUUUAUCAGUUUUAUCAAGCAUAUCAUUUAUGUCACAUUCAUCAUUACUGAUGUAUGCAGAUAAAAUUCCAUUUGAUUAGUUUUUAAGUGAUAAAUAUUUUUGUGUACUGUUUCUUAUAUAGCUUCUGUGAUAAAGAAAUACAGCCUUAAUAAACAAAUGUAAACAUUA